CGGCGGCGAUGAGCGCGGUGAACAUCACCAACGUGGCGGUGUUGGACAACCCCACCGCCUUCCUCAACCCCUUCCAGUUCGAGAUCUCCUACGAGUGCCUCGUGCCCCUCGACGACGAGGACGGGAUAUCAGGAGGGGCGUGGGCGUCGCCGCAUCGAUUUUCCUCCACUAACCCGUAUCUGCAUCGAUUUUUUCUUCUGCAAACUGCAGUGUUUUCGAGUGUUGUGGCUAUUUUUCUUCAGCGAACAUUGUAGUUCCGUAAUGGAGGAACGUUUCCACUCAUUAGUCAUUAGUAUGUUUUGGAUGCAGAAGCUGAUAUACGGAUCGCGAUUUAUGGUAAUUGCUUACACGAACAACUCAUUAUUGAUUCAUGAAUGAUCUAGAGUGGAAGCUUAUAUAUGUUGGAUCAGCUGAAGAUGAAAACUAUGAUCAACAACUUGAGAGUGUGCUUGUUGGCCCUGUCAAUGUUGGGACUUACCGUUUUGUACUCCAGGCUGACCCACCAGAUCCCUCAAAGAUCCGUGAGGAAGACAUAAUUGGUGUGACCGUGCUGCUAUUGACAUGCUCUUACAUGGGCCAGGAGUUCAUGAGAGUAGGUUACUAUGUGAACAAUGAUUACGACGAUGAGCAAUUGAGAGAAGAGCCUCCAGCAAAGGUGCUAAUUGACCGGGUGCAGAGAAAUAUCUUGGCGGACAAGCCCCGCGUCACCAAGUUCCCUAUCAACUUCCAUCCUGAACCAAGUACAAGCGCGGGACAGCAGCAGCAGGAACCCCAGACAGCCUCGCCAGAAAACCACACAGGCAAUGGUGAUGCAAGCAAGCCUGAAGCUGACCAAUGAGCACAGUUUGGUGUGCUAACAUUUUGGUGCACAUCUUCCAGGAUUUGCUGUAAUAUUGCAAACGGGAUUACUUAUUCUGCAUUGCUCUGGGAUCGUGGUUCUAGCACUUGGUGGUUGUUUAGAACUGUUUGUUCUGUAACUUGAGUUGGAAUUGCCGGGUGGCUGGAUGUUACUUUAGUACUUUCAGUACGUUCUCUUGCAAUUGCUGUAUUGCUUUCUUUAGAGUAGCGAGUCAACCUAAACUACCCGUGAGCAAUUCAUCAGCUUUGUGGUAUAGAUUCUAACUGGGGAACCCUUUUGCUCACAGUGCAAGUGUGGUGUAAUGACUUGUAAUUGUAAGCACACGCUUGUUUUGCCAUGAGAACUGAGGAAUGGCAGUUCCCUGGAGUUGAUCAAAGUCUCUGU